UCAACAUUAAAAAAUGAAAUAAAAUUUGCCAAUAAAAGGAAAAAGUUUUUCAAAUAUUUGCGGAGUCUACUUCUCUGCCUUCCCUCCGCCAAACGAUAUCGUUUUUCCUCUCUGUUCCAUCACCGUUAGAGGAUCUUCCAUUUCCAUCGUCUCGGCUCCAUCUUCCUUUCCUGCUUGGAGUUCUCCUUCGUGCCGGAGAACAAUGCCUACCUUUUCUGCUAUUGCUUUCGAUAGCUUGCUAGAGCCAGGAGCUUCGGGAUCUGUUGCAAAUACUGUUUCCAGUGACAAGUCUCCCUCUUCAAGGCCUCCUAUUUCAAAGCUGGAGAGAAGUAAGGGAAGGCCGCCCAGAGAAAAAACCGUCUCUCGUCCUCAAAUGUCACCGGGACUUUAUGCCACUCGUGAGGAAAUCCCACUUCCGGAUCCACCUUCUUCCUUCCCUCCAUCCCCUUACAUCAACAAUCACAAAUCCCGUGGACCACGUCUUCUAAAGAGCUCUUCUGACAUUGACGUUUCUUUGCGCCAGAAAACUGAGAAUGAGGUAGAUACUGAUGGAGAUGUAGAUGUAGAUGUAAAGGCUGCCGCUUUAAGGAUGUCCACAUCGGUUUCAUUUCCUUUCACCGAGGCUACUGAAGAGGGUCAUACCAAUGGGGUUCGUGCUAGUCCAUCUGAGAAGAAUAAUCUGAUCGGUAUCCGUAAUGGUCCUGUUUUGCAUCAGAGUGGUGGUGCCCUUGAUGGGGAGUUGGGGAAUGGAAAGCUUGAACUAGAUAGCAGUAAUGGUGGGAUUGAGGACAAUAUUGCUGCCACAGAUUUAGAGAGGGACACUGAUAUACCAGAGGCUGUCACGGCCAAAGCAGAUCGGGAUGGUGAGUCUGAAGAUUUCUAUGACGCAGGUGAAUCCGCGAGCUUCACAAGUAACACAGACGUAGAGGAUGAGGCAGCACCUGAAAGUUCUCAAAAGCUUUCUUCUACAUCUGCAGGAGAAUUUUAUGAUGCUCGUGAUGAACUAUCAUCAGUCGAUAGUGAGGUGCCGACUUCUGUAAACGGCUUUGAAGCUGAUCUGAGAGAUGUAAGAUUGAGUCUACAAAUGGAAAUAGAGAAGAGGGAGCAAGCGGACGAGACUCUGGAGCAAAUGCGAGCUCAUUGGGAGAGGCUCAGGGAGCAGUUAGUUGAGGUGGGUGUGUCCCUUCCAGCUGAUCCUACCUCCUCCGCAGACAGCAAGCAGCAUAACAUGAGCGUGACAGAACAACUCUGUUUCCAACUCGAGGUCGCCAGGCUUGUAUCAGACUCCAUUGGCAGGGGCCUGACAAAGGCAGAGGUGGAGAAGGAGAUGGAAACUAAGCUCGAAGCUAAGAACUCUGAAAUUGUCCGUUUGUCUGAUCGUCUGCACUAUUACGAGGCUGUGAACCGAGAAAUGUCCCAGCGGAACCAAGAGGCCAUAGAGGCCGCAAGGCAGCGGAGGCAAAGAAGAAAGAAGAGGAAGAGGUGGAUUUGGGGAUCAAUUGCGACAACUAUUGCUGUGGGGAGUGCGGCCUUGGCCUGGGCGUACCUUCCUGUUGGGAAAUCAUCAUCCGGUCUAGCUGAACCUCAACCGCCCAUGAAAGAUGGAUGAGGAACACUGUCGUGGUCAAUGCCGAACUAUGUUUGUGAAUAGUAGUUGAGGAACUAUGUUGGUUUAUCUGUUCAGGAGAGAAUAGGAUGUAUAGGACUCGAAGCAAAUAUGUUGGGCUCGGUUCUUGUUCAGCAUUCAUUUACUUAGGGAAUUUGCUUCAUUUGGGUUAUGCAAUUUUUCGUCGAGAGCAGAUUGAACCCUUUGAUGUUAGAAGUGUUUGUUGGCUGAAGAUUAUGAAUUCUAAGAAGGGCAUCCAUCCUGUUUGGUCUUUGACUGCAGCCUAUGUUUCUCCCAGAGAAGAGUAUA